CCCUCUCUCAGGCCGAAGGAAGGGGAGAGGAGAAGAAGGGGAUCCGGCCCUCUCAUAACCCCCCCCUCACCCCCGGCUGGAGAAGGGAGAGGAGGAGAAAAGGGACGACGAGGGGAGAGGGAUCAAGCCGUCACAUCACAUCAGGCUGAAGGGAGAGGAGGAGGAGAAGAAGAAGAGGGAUCCGGCCCUCCCAUCCCGGCUGGAGUGGGGGAGAAAGGGGGUGGUGGUCGAGCGACCCAGUCUUCACAUCCCCUGCUGGAUUAGGGGGGAGAACAGGAGGUGAAGAAGAAGAGGAGGAGGAGGAGGUGGUGGUGAUAGAGGGACAGGGAAUCAUCCAGAUCCUCACAUCUCCUGCUGGACGAGGAGGGAGAGAAAGGGGGUGAAGAAGAAGAAGGGGAGGUGGUGGUGGUGGGAGUGGGAUCCAUCCAGUCCUCACAUCCCCCAAGUGGAGAGGGUGAGGGAGAGGAGGAGGGAUCAGGCCCUCGUAUCCCGGGCAGCUGGAGGGGGAGGGAGGGAGGGAGAGUGAGGAGAGGGGAGAGGGAUCCAGCUCUCACAUCCCGGCUGGAGGAGGAGGGAGAGGGGGAGGAGGAGGAGGAGGAGGAGAGCAGCUCCCUCCCUCACUCACUCACCCACCAUGGCAGAGAUGGAGAAGGAGGGCAGACCGCCUGAAAGCAAGAGGAGCAGGAAGCCGGCUCACCCCGUCAAGAGGGAGAUCAACGAGGAGAUGAAGAAUUUUGCAGAAAACACCAUGAAUGAACUCCUUGGCUGGUAUGGCUAUGAUAAAGUGGAAUUAAAAGAAGGGGAAGACAUUGAGAUUAAGAACUACCCACUGGAUCUUGAGGGUCGCCAACACGUGUCCGUGUUGAAAGAAAAUUCCUUGCCAAAACUGAAACUGUCUGAAGACAGUGUCAUAGCUUCACCAACAAACUCCAUUUCGAGCUACCCGGGGAUGACGGCUGGGAACGGCUUGUCGGAUUCACCGGCCGGAUCGAAGGAUCAUGGGGUUGCUUCAAUCAUCAUGCCACUCAUCCCACCGCCAAUACUCAAGCCGCCAACAGAUGAUGAGCUGAUAAACGUGCAGAUAGUGUGCGCCUGGUGCCAGAAGCUGGGGAUUAAGCGCUACUCCCUCAGUAUGGGCAGCGAGGUGAAGAGUUUCUGCAGCGAGAAGUGCUUUGCCGCCUGCCGACGGGCCUACUUCAAACGCAACAAGAGUGUACCAUUAACCACGGAUGGUUGUCCGUUUGAAAGUAGUCCUGGCUCCCAUCAUGUCCAACAGGAUAGAAUAAAAGACACAACAGUGUGUGACUGGUGUAAGCACAUACGACACACUAAGGAGUACCUGGACUUUGGUGACGGGGAGCGUCGCCUGCAAUUCUGCAGCGCCAAAUGCCUCAACCAGUACAAGAUGGACAUUUUUUACAAAGAGACGCAGGCCAACCUCCCGGCGGGCUUGUGCAGCACCAUGCACCCGGCGGCAGCGGAGAAGAAGUCCGAGCACAUGGGCGUGCAGCAGCUGCUGACUCCAGAGUCUUGGAACAUGCCGCUGUCUGACAUUCGCAGGAAGCCGCCGUCCCCGGUGGCACCUUGCCCGCAGAGCCAAGUCCCCGUCCCCUCCUCCUCCUCCCCGUCCGACCACCCAGCCAAGCUCCACACCCCCGUCUCCAAGGCGAGCGGGACGAUGGAUGGCCCCGGUGUCCAGGUCCAGCAGCCGCUGCCCCCCGGGCUGGGCGGGGUAACCGUGGGCAACAACCCCCCCUCCAUGGUGAUGACCAACCGCGGGCCGGUCCCUCUGCCCGUCUUCAUGGAGCAGCAGAUGAUGCAGCAGAUGUGCCCCCCGCCGUACAUCAGGGGGCCCCCGCCACCUCACACCCCGAGCCCCAACAGCCCGCUCUCCAACCACCUGGUCCCAGGGCUAGGCCCCAGGUCCAUGGGCCCCAACUCCAGCCCCAUGCAGCACCGCUCCAUGCUCUCGCCCCACCCCCCACAUACCCCCCCCCCCCACCCCCAGGGCUUGCUCCCGCCCUCGGCCGCCCCCCCCCCCUCCCCAACGUCUCCCUUCCCCCCACACAACCUGAUGGCCAACAGCGGCCACAUGCACCUGCCGCACCUGAUGAACUUUGGCGUGCCCUCGCUCUCCCCGCUGGUGCCCCCCCCCACCCUGCUGGUGCCCUACCCCCUGAUCGUGCCGCUGCCCGUCCCCAUCCCCAUCCCCAUCCCCAUCGGCCACGGCUUCAGCUUCGGCCCGCGGAGCGGCGGCUCGAACGGCCUGGUGGGCUCCAGGGCCGGCGAGGACGCUGGCAAGGAGGCCGCCAAUUCCCCGGCUUCCACCGGCCACUGCAAGCCCCCCACCAUCAAGAGCCCGAGCUCCCCCUUCAACCUGCCGCCCCCGCCCCCGCCCCCCUUCCCCCUCGACGCCAGCCGGGGCGACAUCGUCGACCUGACCCUCAGGCUGAACGGCCCGGCCUUUCAAGGCGACUUCCCGCCCUUUUUCCCCGACGCCUCAGACUUCCCGCACAACGAGGUCAUCGACCUGACCAUGAGCCGUCGAAGCAGACUCAAUCACGCCCUCCACCCGCCCCUGCGGGCGUCCGUCAAGGUGGAGGACGAGAGCGAAGGCCGGAGCCUGGUGGACUUGACCCUUUCCAGUCCGGACAAACGGAACUGCUUGGACUGUAGGGACUCGGACCCUCUUGAGCCCAAGGUGUUGGCGUGCAGUGGCGUCUCCCACUGCCUGCACUCGGGAGACUCGGACACCACCGCCAGCACCACGUCGCCUUGCAAGCCGCUCACCAACGGCACCAAGGACCUGGACGGUCCCCACUGCUUGGAGAGCCCCUCAGACCAACAGCAACCACAAGCCAACAACAACCAAGAACCACAGUCGCCGCCCACACCGCAGUCGCCACCGCGGCUACAACAACAACAACAACAACAGGCGCUGGAGACGAUCGCCGCCAACGAGCUGGAGUCAGUCAAAGAAAACAACUGCUCGUCGAACUGUGCGCUGGAGGUGGUAGAGGCAGGUAAGAAGGCCUCCGUUGCAUCACCCCCGGGUGGGGUGGACAGGCAGGAUGUGAGUCACAAUCCUGCAGAUGAGGACCAUGCAUAUGCCUUGAGAGUAGUGCGCAAGACAGGCUGCUUCGUACAGCCUGUGCCAAAAGCCACCGAAAAGACUGCCAUAGCACCCUGCCUAACCUCCACGCCAAUACUCAACACAGGCCCCGACGACAGUCCGCCGCCCGCCAAACGCAGAUGUCUCCGGAUUCGAAACCAGAACAAGUAAAGGUAUCUCGCUUGACAGCCCGCUGAGCAGCUUGGAGCGGUGGACCAGCGGCGUGACCUACCCCGCCGCGGCCACGACGGCGGCAUCCGGCAGCUCGCCCGACCGGCACGCUUCCAGCCAAGUGAUAUCUCAUCGCAAGA